AUGAUUGAUCUUGGAGAACCAUUGUAUGUAAGUUCUUAUUGUGGUGCCCAGAUGUGGUAUGAGGAGCGAUCUAACAAAUGUGACAAUACAACCAUAAAUGUUACAUUUUUGCUUUGCUGUUUGAAAGGAGUGGUUGAGCUUCCAUACGAAUUAAGUCCUCAAAAUCUGCUAAUUAACUUAAUGAAUGGACAGGAAUCAAGGAGUAAACAUUACAAAGAAAACAUUCAAGCAUAUAAUAAAUUAGUCAUUUCUGAUCCAAUGACAACACAAACAACCUGGAUAAAACAUUGGUUGAAGACAUCACAAAGAUGGUGGAUGAACAUAAUGUCUUGGUCAAGUCCUUUAGAAAAUUUUGCAACCACAUGCAACAUAACAACACAUCCAAUUUGUGUUUUAGGUUGUUUAGAAAUUGAAUAA